CUAUACUGAGAUACUAGCUAUUCUAUUUUCUUCUGCCCCAUCCGUCGCCGGAGUAAGUAUCUCUGGUGGUCACCGGUGGCGAUUGUUGUCGAAGACCUUGUACGUUUGUGGGAAGAAAGCGAGACGACCAAAGCUAUGGAGUCCGGCCGUAUUUUCUUCGGUUCCUCCGCUUGCCGCGGGAACAUGCUGUUUCUCGGGAACGGUGAUCCAGUUUAUAGAGCAGGCGGAUCGAUAAUAAGCAUGGAGGAAAGCUCAAAGAAGCGACCAUUUUUCAGCUCACCGGAGGAACUGUUCGACGAGGAAUAUUACGAUGAGCAGUUGCCGGAGAAGAAGCGACGCCUCACUCCCGAGCAGGUGCUUCUGCUGGAGAAAAGCUUUGAAGAUGAGAACAAGCUGGAGCCGGAACGGAAGACCGAGCUGGCCAAGAAGCUGGGGUUGCAGCCAAGGCAGGUGGCUGUGUGGUUCCAGAACCGUAGGGCCCGUUGGAAAACCAAGCAACUUGAAAGGGAUUACGAUGUUCUCAAGUCUUCCUAUGAUGCCCUGCUUUCAAAGUACAGCUCCAUUGUCAAGGACAAUGAAAAUCUCAAAUCAGAGGUGGUAGCCUUAAACGAGAAGCUUCUGGCUAAAGAGAUGCCACGAGAACCAUUACCAGAAGAAAAGGCAGACCCACUUAUGAUGGAGCUAGCCCAAAUGUCAACCCUGCCAUUCAACGUGAAGGUGGAGGACCGACUCAGCAGUGGGAGUGGUGGAAGUGCAGUGGUGGACGAGGAUGCUCCACAGCUUCUUGUGGACAGCGUUGAUUCCUACUUUCCAGCUGAGAACUUUGAUGGAUGCGUGGCCAGCGUUGAUAGGGUUCAGUCUGAGGAGGAUGACGGCAGCGACAAUGGUCGCAGUUACUUCUCUGAUGUGUUUGUGGCCCCUGAACCUGAGCACCAAAACCAUGAGGAGGGAGAGGCGUUGUGUUGGUGGGUGUGGUCUUAAAACAAGCCUGUAUUAAAAAAGAUAAAAGAAAAAAGAGAAAAAAACAUUAUGAUCUUGUAAGGUGUCAUGUUAGAGAUUAAUGUUUUGCAUAAUAAAGCAGAAGACUGUGAGAGUCUGUUGUUUGUUAGAGAUGAUGUGGGAUGUGAGCGUCAAAGAAAAUCCCUUGGAUCAAUGCAUCCAAAGCUUUGAGUUGAACAAAUAAUUGGUCAAUGGCGUCUUCCGUUGUCUGGUCUUAGUACACAUCAAGGGUAGUUCAACCUCGAAGGCUGGCUACCAGGCUUGUUUGCUAUAUAUUUUAGUCAAUAUUUUCGUCUGCGUUGUUUUUAAAAGAAUCUCUGAUUGAGAGUGUUAAGUUAUUAUAAUAGAAAUGAUGCAGGUGAUUCGAGUAUAA